GGCCCGCUCAAUGCGCAAAAUAUUGUUUGUUUCUUUUUAGGUUAUGAUUAGUAAAAUAUUAUGAGUUCAUUUAGAUGUUUUUCAAGAUACUUAUAUCAAUAGCUAUUUAGGUAUAUAAAUAAGUGGGCCCAUAAUAGGUAGGUUAAGUUUAUCGCAGCGCAGUUUCUUAUCAGUAUCCCACAUUGACAUUAAUACUUUCUGAGGCUGUUUACUCUUUAUUUGUUGUUGUCAUUAUUUCGUUGAUUUUAAUAUUUAAGAACUAGUAGGUACCUCCCUAUAGAUAUUUUCCAGAUUUUUUAUAUUGUGAGAAUAUUAAAAAUGUCAAAAAUUGUCGUAUUGGGAUCUUGCAGUGUUGAUUUUACAACAUAUGCUCCGAGGCUGCCGAUGCCAGGAGAAACUCUCCAUGGAACAAAAUUCACAACCAGCUUUGGCGGCAAAGGUGCUAAUCAGUGCGUAGCAGCUGCGAAGCUUGGAGGACAUACUUAUAUGAUUUGUAGAGUAGGAGAUGACCAAUGGGGUUCAAAAUACAGGGAUCACUUUAGAGAGGCUGGAGUCGAUGUGACCCAUGUCCAUAUAACGGAGAAUGUCUCCACAGGAAUUGCACAAAUAUGCGUGGCAGACAACGGCGAAAAUCAAAUAGUUAUUGUCCCCGGUUCAAAUGGUCACUUAGGAAAAACAGAUGUCGUGAAUGCUUCAGACCUAAUUGAGAAUGCCGAUGUGCUUAUUGGUCAGCUAGAAACACCUUAUGAAACUACAUUGGAAGCGUUUAAAUUGUGUAAAGGAUUGAAGUUGUUGAAUGCUGCUCCAGCUCGGGAAGAUAUACAUGAAAUACUUCCAUAUUGCUCCAUCUUGUGUGUUAAUGAACCUGAGGCUUCAUUACUGACAAAUUUGAAUGUUGAUAUUUCAAAUGCUGCUUUAGCAUUGAAAAAGUUAUUAGGAAAAGGUUGUGAUACUGUUAUUAUUACAUUGGGGGAGAAAGGAGCUGUCUACGCAUCAAAAGGCGAUCCUAAUCCAGUUCACGUAAUGUGUGAAUCUGUCACUCCUAUUGAUACCACUGGAGCUGGUGAUGCUUUUGUCGGUGCACUUGCAGUGUUUCUGGUCUCAAAUAAAGAUCUUCCACUGCAUCAGAUAGUAGGAGCAGCGUGCGAUGUAGCGACCAUAUCUGUCACCAAAGAAGGCACGCAAACAAGCUAUCCAACUAAUUACAAUGUAUUCAUCAAGAAAUACAAAUAUGUCAUGUUGUAAAUUCGUAGGUAUAACUAUUAUUAUGAAUAAAACAUCAUUAUUAUUUAAA